CCAGGAGAUUUUGACAUUUCCCCGAGGAGCCAGUCAGGAGGGAUCCCAGCAGAUGUGGUUUAGAUGGAGGAGAACAGGAAGAAGGACCACCAGGCUUUGCUGAACCAAGGGGAGGAGAAUGAACUGGAGGUGUUUGGUUAUCGUACCCAGAAUCUACGGAAAGCCCUCUGCCUUAUCGCAUCCACGCUGACCUGUGGGAUCCUGCUGCUGGUGUUCUACUGGAGACCCCACUGGAGGGUGUGGGCCAACUGCAUCCCAUGCUCCUUGCAAGAAGCAGACACUGUUUUGCUGAGGACAACGGAUGAAUUUCAAAGGUAUAUAAGGAAGAAGGUACUCUGCCUCUACUUAUCCACACUGAAGUUUCCUAUAAGCAAGAACCCGAAAGAAUCUGUGGUGGCUGACCGCCACUCUGUCAUAAACCAAGCCGUAAUGAAGCCAGAAUUAAAAAUACGAUGCAUCCAUGUGCAGAAAAUCAGGUAUGUCUGGAACAACUUGGAGAAGCAGUUUCAGAAAGUUGGGUUGCUGGAAGACAGCAACUCCUGCUAUGACAUCCAUCACACAUUUGGAUUGGGUCUGACCAGUGAAGAGCAAGAGGUCAGAAGAUUGGUGUGUGGGCCCAAUGCCAUUGAGGUUGAAAUCCAACCCCUAUUGAAGCUGCUUGUUAAACAGGUUUUAAAUCCAUUCUAUGUGUUGCAAGCCUUCACCCUAACUUUGUGGCUGUCUCAAGGUUACAUAGAAUAUUCUGUGGCCAUCAUCAUUUUGUCGGUUAUCUCCAUUGUCUUAAGUGUGUAUGAUUUACGACAGCAAUCAGUGAAGCUACACAACCUCGUGGAGGAUCAUAACAAAGUCCAGGUUACAGUCAUCAUGAAAGACAAAGGUUUGCAGGAGCUGGAAUCCCAUCUCUUGGUUCCCGGAGAUGUUCUUAUUCUUCCAGGAAAAUUUUUAUUGCCAUGUGAUGCUGUUCUGAUUGAUGGGAACUGUGUGGUGAAUGAAAGCAUGCUCACAGGAGAAAGUAUACCUGUUACAAAGACACCGUUGCCCCAAACGGAGAGCACUAUGCCUUGGAAAUCUCACAGCUUGGAGGAUUACCGGAAACACGUCCUUUUCUGCGGAACAGAAGUUAUCCAGGUCAAACCCUCUGGGCAGGGGCCUGUAAGAGCAGUCGUUUUGCAAACAGGUUACAAUACAGCCAAAGGGGACUUGGUGAGAUCGAUCCUCUACCCCCGGCCUCUGAACUUCAAACUGUACAGUGAUGCCUUCAAGUUCAUGAUGUUCCUGGCCUGCCUUGGUGUUGUGGGUUUUUUCUAUGCCCUAGGAAUAUAUAUGUACCAUGGAGUCCCUCCAAGAGACACCGCGCCCAUGGCCCUGAUCCUCCUCACCUUCACUGUCCCUCCCGUGCUGCCAGCUGCCCUGACCAUAGGCAUUGUGUAUGCCCAGAAGAGGCUGAAGAAAAAGAAAAUCUUCUGUAUCUCCCCACAGAGAAUUAAUAUGUGUGGGCAAAUAAACCUCGUGUGCUUUGACAAAACUGGCACUCUCACUGAGGAUGGGCUGGACCUCUGGGGGACUGUCCCUACUGCUGACAACUGCUUCCAGGAUGUACACAGCUUUGCCUCGGGCAAGGCAUUGCCGUGGGGCCCGCUGUGUGCGGCCAUGGCCAGCUGCCACUCUCUGAUCCUGCUUGAUGGGACUGUCCAGGGAGACCCUCUGGACCUCAAAAUGUUUGAGGGCACUGCGUGGAAAAUGGAAGGUCAUGGUGUAGACUCCUGCAAAUUUGGGAUAUCAGGUUCAAACAUCAUAAAACCAGGACCAAAAGCAAGUCAGAGUCCCGUGGAAGCCAUCACCAUCUUGCACCAGUUUCCAUUUUCCUCCAGCCUGCAGAGGAUGUCCGUGAUCGCUCAGCUGGCCGGGGAGGAUCACCUCCAUGUCUACUUGAAGGGUGCCCCGGAGAUGGUGGCCAGGUUAUGCAGAUCGGAAACAGUGCCUGGGAAUUUCCCACAGGAGAUGAGGAAUUACACAGUGCAAGGCUUCCGUGUCAUUGCUCUUGCCCAUAAAGUCUUGAAAAUGGGAAACCUGUUAGAAGUAGAGUGCCUGGCCAGAGAGAAAGUGGAGUCAGAGCUCACAUUUCUGGGGCUGCUCAUAAUGGAGAAUCGCCUGAAAAAGGAAACCAAAGCGGUCUUGAAGGAACUGAGCGAGGCCCGCAUCAGGACUGUGAUGAUUACAGGUGACAACCUUCAAACAGCCAUUACUGUGGCAAAGAAUUCCGAAAUGAUUCCUCAAGGCAGCCAAGUGAUCAUUGUUGAAGCCAAUGAACCAGAAGAGUUUGCUCCCGCCUCUGUGACCUGGCAGCUGGUAGAGAACCAAGAGACUGGACCUGGGAGGAAUGAAACCUACAUUAACAUUGGAAACAGCUCAGUACCUGAUGGGAGAAGAGGGAGCUGUUACCAUUUUGCAAUGAGCGGGAAAUCAUACCAAAUCAUAUUUCAGCAUUUCAACAGUUGGCUUCCAAAAAUUCUGGUGAAUGGAACCAUUUUUGCAAGAAUGUCUCCUGGGCAAAAAUCAAGCCUUGUUGAAGAAUUUCAGAAAUUAAAUUACUAUGUGGGCAUGUGUGGAGAUGGAGCUAAUGACUGUGGGGCUUUGAAAAUGGCUCAUGUGGGCAUCUCACUGUCAGAGCAGGAAGCAUCCGUGGCAUCCCCUUUCACCUCGAAAACAGCCAACAUUGAGUGUGUGCCUCAUCUCAUCAGAGAAGGCCGAGCUGCUCUGGUUUCAUCCUUUGGGAUAUUUAAAUACUUGACCAUGUAUGGCAUAAUUGGAUUUAUCAGUAUAUUGCUGCUGUAUUGGCAAUUACAACUAUUUGGGAAUUACCAGUAUCUCAUGCAAGAUAUAGCCAUUACUUUGAUGGUCUGUUUAACAAUGAGUUCAACUCAUGCCUACCCAAAGCUGGCUCCAUAUCGACCAGCAGGACAGCUCCUUUCUCCCCCUUUGUUGCUCUCAGUCUUUUUGAAUUCCUGUUUCUCCUGCAUUGUGCAGAUCUUUGCAUUUCUCUACGUGAAGCAGCAGCCCUGGUACUGUGAAGUCUACAAAUACAGUGAGUGCUUCCUGGCCAACCAAAGUAAUCUCUCAAUAAAUGUGAGUUUGGAAAGAAACUGGACUGGAAAUGCAACUCUGAUUCCUGGUUCAAUUUUAAGUUUUGAGACCACCACACUGUGGCCUAUCACCACCAUCAACCUUAUUACUGUAGCAUUUGUCUUUUCAAAGGGAAAGCCAUUUCGAAAACCCAUCUAUACAAACUAUUUAUUUUCAUUUCUGCUGCUAUCCGCCUUGGGCCUCACAAUUUUCAUUCUGUUUUCUGAUUUUCAAGAUAUAUACCAUGGAAUGGAGUUCAUCCCAACCAUAACAUCAUGGAGGGUUUUGAUUUUGGUAGUAGCCUUCAUCCAGUUCUGUGUGGCUUUCUUUGUAGAGGAUGCCAUCCUUCAAAAUCGAGAGCUCUGGCUGUUGAUCAAGAAAAAAUUUGGAUUCUACUCUAAAAGUCAAUAUAGGUACUGGCAAAAAAAGCUGGCAGAGGACGCUACCUGGCCUCCCACAAACAGGACAGAUUAUUCAGGUGACGGCAAAAAUGGAUUCUACAUCAACGGAGGCUAUGAAAGCCAUGAACAGAAUCCAAAGCGAAAACUCGAACUGGGAGGCCAAACCACAGAACAGCAUUUUUGGACCAGACUUUAAUCAGAAUUAUUGUCAUACAUGCUGAACAGCCUCAUCUUUUUCCCCCAAAUUAAAACAUGGUGGAGAAGUAAUGAUUGUCUCACCUUUCUUUUCUCUAUUUGAGCAUUCAAAGCAUGUUUUCCAAUGUACAAAGGACCUUAGAUAUGCUUAUUUUGCAACAAAGGACCUUAGAUAUGCUUAUUUUGACUGUAUCCUUUACCAUUGAGAGAAAAAAUGCAUUUUUCUGGAUUAUUUUUUAAUAAACUUUAUUCAUAUUGUAUAG